GCUAAGCGGAGGUACAGAAGAAACGGAAACGUACGAGGGCGCGAGGAGACGCGAAGAGCCGUAAUAAAGCCAGACUUGGGGUUCGUCACCAUGGCGCCGAGAGGGAAGGCCACCACCGUUGGCGAUGGAGAAGGGAAGGAGGCGCAUUUCCGGGGUGUGAGGAAGAGGCCGUGGGGACGGUACGCGGCGGAGAUACGCGACCCCAACAAGAAGAGCCGCAUCUGGCUCGGGACCUUCGGCACCCCAGAAGAGGCCGCGAGGGCCUACGACGCCGCCGCCCGCGAGUUCCGUGGACCCAAGGCCAAGACCAACUUCCCCCACGCUGACGCCUGCAACGGCCCGCGCGGCGCCGACGGCGGAGGGGGCACCGGCAGCUCGAGUAGCCAGAGCAGCACCGUGGAGAACUCCGGGUCGGAGGAGGCAGCGGCAGCGGCAGCGAUGCCCUCGCUUCCCGCUCCGCUCCCUCCCUCGCCCGAUAUCAACCUCGUCUACAGGGGCCAGGGCGGGGCCCGCUUCCCCUUCCAGCCGUACUCUCCGGUCAUACAGGCGGCGCAACCAUUCUUCUUCCUCAACACGGUCGCCAGAUCCGAAAAUUUUCCUACCUCCGACGCUUCGAUGACGGCGUAUCACCGGCAACUGCCGCUUUGUCAGCCUACGAUCAUCGCUUGCUGGCAUCCGCCGCCCGCCGUCACCGUGGCCGCCGUCACCGCCACGCAGAGCGACUCCGACUCUUCCUCCGUCGUAGAUCACCACCCGGACCAUCGUUCUCCUCCGUCACCGUCGGCGUCGCCUAAGUCGUUUGCUCUCCAUCUGGAUCUCAACCUUCCUCCACCCCUGGACACAGCAUAACCCCCACGACUGCGACCGCUCGAUCGUCGCAGGGGCUCUUCCAGUCUUGUGAUCUCAACAAACUCCCAUUUCCCUUUUUGUAAAUAAUUAACUUGGUUUCUUCCACCGCUAAGAAAAACAAGGAGCCGUCGAUCUCCGAGAUCAGGACACAGAUCUCUAAUAUAA